CAUCUUAGCUACCAAGAAGAACUCGCCGCACAAUGCAGUCAGAUUCGAACGCUGCUUGUUCCGAUCCCGAUUUCCUAAAAUCUAAAGACGGUUUCAACAUCCUCGUGGGUGUCUCCGGAAGUGUGGCUGCAAUCAAACUACCUCUGCUGGUUUCUGAACUGCUUAAGAUUCCUGGGGUGAACGUCAGGGUGGUGACGACCGAACAUGCCAGGCACUUUUAUGACCCGGCGGAGGUUUCAGCUAAAAUCUAUGGCGAUAAAGAUGAAUGGGAGAUGUGGACCAAGAAGUCAGACCCGGUUCUCCACAUUGAGUUGCGGCGCUGGGCAGACCUGCUGCUCAUCGCCCCGUUGGACGCUAACACGCUUGGGAAGAUCGCCAACGGCCUCUGCGACAACAUGCUGACGUGCGUGGUGCGAGCGUGGGACACCAGUCGGCCCCUCCUCUUCUGCACCGCCAUGAACACGGCCAUGUGGGUGCAUCCUAUCACAGAACAGAAUGUGUCUAGACUGAAGGAAUUUGGAUACGUGGAGAUUCCCUGCAUCGUGAAGGUGCUGGCAUGUGGAGAUGAAGGUAAAGGCGGCAUGGCCGACGUUCCAACCAUCGUCGAUGUCGUCAAGCAAUAUGUACAGAAAUCGGAGGAGUCAUGUCAGAAUACAUGACUAGCGUCACUUUCUUCUUUCAUAUUCUGCUUCUAUCUGUCAGAGAUGAACCUAAACAUCCACCUUGAGCCUUAAAAAUAUCUUGCAGUGUCUUCCCUUUCAGAGUAACUGUCAUGAUUGAAGUUCACUUGUGAGACAAAUGGAGGAUUAUAUAAUCAAACUUCCUCCCAUGUAGAACAGGAAGUGGGAGAAACCUCCUGAAAUAAAGCAUUCUU